AUGCAGGUCGCUCACCAGUUAUGGUCGCAAGGGCGGAAGACUCUGACCCUCUUGGUUCAGAAUAAGUCGGAGGUUUUCGCCGUUGACAUCCUUCCCGGCGCCGAGAUCGGGCGGGGGAUAUUGCUCGACCACGCCACCGGGAUCGUCAUCGGAGAAACGGCAGUGAUCAGGAACGAUGUGUCGAUUCUGCACAGCGUCAUGAUCAGCGGCACUGGCAAGCCGAAGCUGGUGGAUUUCCGUCACCUGCUUGCUGUACUAGGACUGCUCCGUGAUAGUAGAAGGUUGUGA